AUGGAAGAACAAAAUCCAAAUCGGUCUUCGACGACCCUCGAGGACACAACCUUUGCUCCUCUAAACACCCACCAAAGCACAAUGAGCCGCGUGCGCCGCUCCCUCUCUCACACGCACACCCACUCCCACGACGGCUCACAGAAGGAAACCCGCGAUCCAGACCUCGACAUCGACCUGCCCUACCGGACUCUCAGUGCCAACGCCAAUCUCGACGAGUACCGUGUGGAAGUCCCCGGGGGCGCCAUCCCCGGCCCCGUGCAGCCCGAGGCGAUCGCGCGCAAGUCGACGAACCAUGAGCCCGGCCAAGAGCGCCGCUACAAGCUCGUUACUUUCACGCCAGGGGAUCCAGAGAAUCCCAAGAAUUGGAGCAAGGCGUACAAGUGGUGGUGCACCAUGUGUGUGGCGUUGACGUGCUUUGUUGUUGCCUUCUGCUCAAGUGUCAUCACUGCUGAUAUCGCGGGCGUGGUGAGGGAUCUCAACGUGAGUAACGAGCUGGCGCUUGUGAGCAUCAGUGUGUUUGUGGUGGGAUUCGGUGUUGGGCCUAUGGUGUUUGCGCCUCUUUCUGAGAUUUACGGACGACGCAUUAUCUACGGAUCUACCCUCCUCGUGGCCGUCAUCUUCGUCAUUCCUUGCGCCGUGGCACAGAAUAUCGAGACUCUUCUCGUAUGCCGAGCCCUCGGCGGUAUUGCUUUCUCUGCGCCCAUGACUCUUGUCGGAGGUACCCUCGCCGAUAUGUGGAAGAAUGAAGAGCGUGGUGUACCCAUGGCUGCUUUCUCUGCUGCCCCCUUUAUCGGCCCUGCCAUCGGUCCUCUCGUCGGUGGCUUCCUCUCCGACGCCGCUGGUUGGCGCUGGCUCUACUGGAUCCAGCUUAUCCUCGCCUUCGUUGUCUGGGUCCUCAUCACCUUCACCGUCCCCGAGACCUACGCCCCUACUCUCCUCGCCCGCCGCGCCCGCAAGCUCCGAGCUUCAACUGGCGAGACCGACCACGUUACAGAGCAGGAGCUCGAUCUGCGACCAAUGUCUGAGCGACUUAGAAUCUUCCUCAUUCGACCAUUCCAGCUUCUCUUCGGCGAGCUUAUCGUCUUCCUCAUCUCUCUGUACAUGAGUGUCCUCUACGGUCUCCUGUACAUGUUCUUCGUUGCCUUCCCUAUCAUCUACCAGAAGGGCAAGGGCUAUUCUGCUGGAAAGACUGGUCUCAUGUUCAUUCCCGUUGCCGUUGGUGUUCUCUGCUCUGCUGCUUGUUCGCCCUUUGUCAACAAUCACUACAUCAAGCUUGUCAAGAAGCACAACGGCAAUCCUCCCGCUGAAGUCCGUCUUAUUCCCAUGAUGAUCUCAUGCUGGUGCAUCCCCAUCGGUCUCUUCAUCUUCGCCUGGACUUCAUACGAGGAUCUUUCUUGGGCUGGCCCUGCCAUGGGUGGUUUCCCUGUCGGCUUUGGCUUCAUCUUCCUCUACAACUCUGCCAACAACUACCUUGUCGACUCAUACCAGCACCAAGCCGCUUCUGCCCUCGCUGCAAAGACCUGUAUCCGAAGUUUCUGGGGUGCCGCUGUGGUUCUCUUCACUGAGCAGAUGUACGAGCGUCUCAACGAUCAGUGGGCCUCGACACUCCUGGCCUUUAUCAGUCUUGCUUGCUGUGCCAUCCCCUUCCUGUUCUGGAAGUACGGAGCCAAGAUCCGUAGCCGUAGCAAGUACGCUUACGCUGGCGAGGAGAGCGACGUUGAUGAUAUCGAGAAGGCCAAGAGCUCUCGUCCUCGCGGCGAAGACUCUGAGAAUGACGAAGACUUGCGCCGUGCUCGAAGCUACGUCAGCAACCCUUAA